GGGACUGAUUGACGUUCUUGCAGAAGAUAUAAGGGGCCAAAAUACCCUGCAGUUGAGGUCAUUGUUGGACUUGAUUCAAGGGGUUUCCUGUUUGGUCCAAUGAUUGCACAGGAGUUGAAUGUUGCAUUUGUUCCUGUUAGGAAGAAGGGAAAACUUCCGGGAGAAAAACACCGAGUGGAAUAUUCUUUAGAAUAUGGAAAGGACUCCUGUGAAAUUCAGAAGAAUUGUCUACAGCCUGGACAAAAAGUUGUAAUAGUUGAUGAUUUAUUAGCCACCGGAGGUACAAUGAAAGCUGCAUGUGAUCUUAUGGAAGCAGCAAAAGUGGAAAUUCUUGCAUGUUUAGUAGUUAUAGAACUAAAGGUGUUAAAAGGAAAGGAUCAACUAAAAUACCCUCUACUAUCAUACAUUGAAUAGGCGCAUAUUUAUUUAAUUAUAAAGUCACAAUUACGAAUAGAAAUAUGAAUUAUCUUGAACUUGGAUUGUUGCUUAAAUGAAGUUUCAAAUUGUGUAAUUGUUAAUAGAAACAUUCCCAUGUUCAGGUUUGAAAAUAUACGUACAUGAUAUUUGUAUAAUUAAGCUGUUUGUAUAACUUUUAUAUUACUUACGAAUUACGGGUAACGGGGUAAUCAUGCGGAUUUUGUCAGUUUACACAUUAUAGCCUCGACCUAUAAGCCGCACGUCUUGUGAGCGAGUAAAUUGAUAAACUAAAUCAUUGACAUCACAUCACUUCAAAUGUUACAUGCAUGCUUUUCUUGUGCAUUAACAUUAUAUGGAAAUAUAUUUAUUGUAAAUAAAAUAUAACCAAUGAACUUUCAACGUUUGAACCACAUGAUGUUCCAAAAGAGAUCAUUAUCGAACCAAUUUUAUUAAUUAAGCCUCGUUUCUUUUAUAAAAUCCAUACCAAAUGCAUAUUGUAUCCUAUAUUGCCUCGAGCGUUUUCAUUUUUAGAGCCCGAAAUAUCUACAUCAAAUACAUAUCGUACUCCAUCUAUCGUCAUUUUAUUUUCAGGGUAAAAAUAAUUCUAAUCAAUUCCUUAUUGUACUUGAAGUUACGAAGUUCUGUAAAAAAUAUGAAAUGAAUAGGUCAUUGUACAUCCUUGAGAACAAUACUUAUUCUAUUGGACUUGUACACUGCUUCAAAACCUAUAUAUGGUAUGGCUGGCGCCUCGACAAUAUAGUUUUAACAGUUAUGUAUUCGUCUAAUACAAUUCAAUAUUGUACUCAACACUGUUUAUUAACCUUGUAUUAAUGGCGCAAUAGCUUAUUGUAUAUAUUUAUUGUGAAAAAAUGUACACAUGUAUUGAUUUAUAUUUAUGAUAUACUGUAAAUUUAUAAUAAAAGACUAAAAUAU